AUGCCCGCUAAGGCGGUCAAGCGUGAGCAGAAGGGGGCUGCCUCGGCCCCCCCGCCCAUGAAAAGGGCAAAGGCGAAGGCUAAGCAGCCGGAGUCUGACCCUGCUGGUUCGGCAGGAGGUGCGCAGCCGGAGGCGCCGCCGGAGACCAACCAAGUCGUGGGCCCGACGCUGGACAUCAUCACCGAUGCUUUGAACGCCAUCAAGGGGUCGCCAUUCUUCGCCGACCUCGAGAAGAAAAUGCCGCUGACCAUCGCCCAGGGCGGUCGCCAGGCGCCGUUCGUGAAGGAGGAUUGUUCUGAUGCCCUCAGCCGCGGAUCCCCCUACUCAUGUGGGUGCAACCUCUUCUGGCAGAACUUCUUCUGGAGCUCCAGCUACCGCACCCCUGUGAACAUGGGGCAGGUCAGGGAGAUCGUGAACUACCACCUUAAGAGCCCGCCAAAUGUCUUCCCCAUGAACACCGUCUUCGCGGUGGACAGCUCGGACAUGGACGUCACUAAGCACCUGGGCAGUUUGCAGCGCCUCUCACCAAUCGAGCCGCAGCUGGCCUUGCUCAUGGCCAUCGCUGACGCGGUAAAGCAGCAGGCGGAGGACUCCAUCCUGUCAAAGUGGAUGCAGGUCGUGCUUUCGGCGCCAGUGACGUUCGAGGUGGUGUUGCCAGGUGACAUGCGGUAUUGGCGCGCCCAGAACAUUCGGCAGGAGUGGAUCGAGCAUGGGGAGACAGCCCAACUCACCGUGAGGCAAUGGGUGUACGACAUCGUCGGGUUCAAGGCGGCGAAGGAAAAAGAGCUGGAGAAAACGUUGGGCGCCAAGGACGUCAGCGAGCUCUACGAGAAGAAGAUGAAGUAUGCGCGGUCUACUGAAAAAGUGAAACCAACCUUCGUGGAUAACGCAAUCACAGUCCACAAGCGGUUGCUGUCCCUGGAGGCGUCCAAUCGGUGCCUUGUCUGGGCGGACGAGAACCUGAUGAACAAGUCCCCGUGGAAUAGCCUCUACGCGAUGCACGCUGUGGUCGAGCGCGCGUCGACCCCCAACAAGAUCGAUUGGGCGAUGAUGGGCCUCACGGAUCAUUACCGCAUGGACUUCAUCAACUUAGGCGAGUUCGGUGUCAGCAAGCUCAGGGACUACAGGCAGAGCUACGUUGAAAUCUUGAACAUGAAAUACGACGUGAAGAACGAGCUCUUGUUCAAGUGGCUUCCGCGCACUGGCAUCCCAACCGAACACGUCACAUUGAUGCAAGAGAAGAUGAAUACCUUCGACGCGGUGCGGACGUACGUCAGUUCCUACCCAGGGGGGGUAGUCGAUACCACGUGGCAGGCUCUGAUUAGUGUUGGUGGCAAGCAGUCGGCUGUUUCGGCUGUCACGCUCAUCGAGGAGUUGGUGUACACAACCGAGUUCGACUCUCGCUACAGGAACGCCGUCCAGUCGAAGCUCGAGGCGGCGGAUUUUCUCGCCUACGAAUCGAUCUCCACGCGCAUGAACGAAGUCAUCGAGAUGGUGCGGAGGGAGAACAAUGGGGGGCAUGGUACUACUGACACGCCGGCCGCGGCUGGAAGUGGCACGGGCACCCCUGCAGCUGCCGGGCUGCCAGAGAUGGACAAAACGAGUUGGAACAAAUUCAUCGACAAGCUCAUUCGCACGUACGUUCAGAUCGUGCCCGACCAGAAAACGGCGGCCGAGCUGGAGACCAUGCUCCGGGACUCCGCGCUCGCCACCAUCAAGGGUGACCCCACGGGGCUGGUGCUGUACCACUUCGACGUGAAGCAGUUCGGCGAGCCGCUCACCAGGCCUGAGCUGCGCAUUGCGCCCCUCAGGGAUGGCCCGUACCACCGCCUCGUGCGGACGAUGCUGAACGCGAGGGCGCCUCAGGGGCAACUAGCCCAUCUCCGCAAUGGGGAGGUCGCAGUGAUUUUGGACGGCGGGCGGAGGGGCAACGCGACCAAGUUGCUCGGGCCGUGGAAGGAGAACACCAUCGAGACGAAGAAGGAUACACCGCCGAGCAAGGGGCGCGGCUGCGAUGAGCCCGACGAUGACGAUGAUAAGGAGGAUGACGACAACAGCGACGCUGAGAAGAAGGCCGGCUUCAAAGCUUCGAUCAUCCAGCUCGCGUACACGGAGGAGAGCCUCAAGAAGCGCCGCAACAGGGUUCACGGAGGCACGGGGAGCUUGCAGCAGGUAGAGUGGGUGCACAUGUUGGCGCACUCGCGCAUUUCGGUCCCUGAGCGGCGCCGCAAGCACUUCGAGGGCAGCACCGCGGGGGAUCUGAUCAACGGCAUCGAGCUCCCAGAGUUGAGCAAGGAAUGGCACGUGACGUGGAAAGACAAAAAGGCAAUAUACGGGAAGCGCAAUCUGAUUGCGGUGGGGGGCAAAACAGAGGGCAUUCAAGGCGAGGCCGAGCGGAAAACCGACUCUACCGUUGUCCCCAUUUCCUACCACGGCAUGCCGCUUCUCUUCUACAAAGAGCUGCUGCACAUGUUCUUUGUCAAAUGCGUCCUCGACAUGACCCCGCUCAACGCGAAAUUCGCGUGGGCUUGUCUCGAGGAGAGGGUCGCAUACGUCGGGGUGGCCUUCACGAAAGAACACAUGGAGAAAAUCUACCUCCACCUGGCGGAGCUCGUGAAGAGCGCGAUGGCGGAUCCUGGGUCCAAGCUGUUCAACAAGGAGUACGCGAAAGCUGUCGGCAAGGAGGUGGCGCCGACGCCGAAGGUACAGCCAGGGCCGACGCCGGCGCGGGGGAGGGCGGCGGCGGCGAUGGUGGUGACCAGCAGGAGGGCGGCGGCGGCGGUGGCGGUGGUUGCCAGAGCGGCGGCUUUGCCGGAGGAGAUGAUGGGUUCGACGACGAUCCCGCGGCAGAAGGGCUGCCUGGCGCUGACGAGGAGCUCUGGGACCCUUUGCAGGAGGAUUAGAGCUGAGGUGCAGUCAACCUGCGAGGACGAGUCAUGCGAUCAUGAUGAUUGA